AUGGCUUGGAGAGAAAAGAUCCCUUACGGUGCUCAUGUCAUCAUCCUCUUCACUUUGUCAUUUGCCGCUUUGAUUUUAGUUAUCCUCACUACAUUUUCAUCUCCAUUCAUUAGAUCGAUUGAUUUCCUUCGACUCCCAUCUACUGAAGGCGCUACGACUUUCGGUGCUUUUGGGUGGUGCUCGCCCGAUUUCUGUCUACCAAACCAAGUUGGUUAUGAAUUUGGCACUCAAGUGAACAGAGCUUUGACCGGUGGAAUGAUGUUGUGGGCUAUUUCCAUCAUCUUCGUGUUCUUCACUGUCAUCGCCAUCCUUCCUCUCCUUUUCGUUCACGAAUCGAAAGCUUUACGAACCGUAGGAAACAGAGUGUUCUUUAUCUAUACAAUGACCUUGGCAACUCUCCUAGUCGUCGUCGCUUGGCUGUUUACAAUCUAUGGCUGGAGUAUUGCUCAUCGAGCUUUCGAACUCGCCGAUGUUGAAGUCGAGCUUGGUGCCGCAAUUUGGAUGGGACUUGUUGCUGCUUUGUGCAUGCUUAUUGUAUCCAUACUUAGUUGGCCUGCUACAGCUUGGGACGGUAAAAUCACUAAAGCCAAUGGUGGAGCUGGCGCUCGAGGAGUUCCACAGAUGCCCUCAAACGGUUAUUACCAUUACAAAAGGACUACUCGAGAAGUCGUGCCAAGAGUGUAA